AUGGUCUAUAUCAGUCAGCUUAAAUAUGCACGGGACAUUCUCACACGCGCUCAGUUACUUGACAGCAAGCCUGUUCACACCCCCAUGGUUGUCUUUCAGCACCUGUCUUCUCAUGGUCCUUUAUUUUUGGAUCCUACUUUUUACCGCUCUCUAGUUAGUGCUCUCCAGUAUUUGACUAUCACGCGUCCAAAUAUUGCUUACAUCGUAAACUCUGUCAGCCAAGUUCUGCACUCUCCGACUGAAGACCAUUUUCUUGCUGUGAAACGCAUUCUUCGCUAUGUUAGACUCACCUUUCGUUCAUCUGCUGCUCCUAGUGCUUUAAUUGAUUACUUGAUGCCGACUGGGCAGGAUGUCCUGACACUCGUCGCUCUACUUCUGAAACAACCUACUAUUUCUCGUUCAAGUUGUGAGUCUGAGUAUCGUGCCCUUGCUCUCACUGUCGUUGAACUUCUUUGGCUCACGCAUCCUAUGCCUUAA